CUUUUCCCCAACCCCUGAUUAUGUCCGGCCACGCAAAUCCAACACAUUCUCUCUCUCUCUCCAUUCAUUCGGGUCGGUCCCCCACAACCAUCCCAGCCUUUUAAUCACAUUAUCUUCCAAGCACCAGAGAUGGAAUACGUAUAGGUGAUUAAAAGGCCCCACACAAGAUGGAACAAGACCAAUCAACAACGGUGGCGGGGAGUCUUGUUUGUGGAGAGGGCCGAAGCGGACCCCGUUCGAGGAGCGGAUGCUGGACCUGCCGGACUAAGAAGGUCAAAUGCGAUGAGCAGCGACCCCAUUGCCGGCGUUGCACACGACUGAAGCUGCUGUGCGAUUAUGCACCCCGCACGGGAGGCACAGGAAAUCUGAGAUUGAGGCUGGCCAAGUCCAGGGCGUGGGUGGUGAUGGGACCUAGCCGACCAUCGGCUCCCGGUUCGCCGACAACCUGGGCUCAGCAGGCAGCAUCGACGAGGGCGCUCGUGUUGCCGGUGCAACUGCCAGAGCUGCCGACCUGCGCGUCAUCGCUGGAACUGAGCUCGGCCGACCAUGAGGCGAUACGCUACUACCGGACGACGUUUGCCCGGAUCCACCACACCAAGAACCCGGACUACUCGCUCUUCUCCAUCAUAUUCAACAUUGCAGAGCGCGAGCCGAUUGUCAUGCGCGUGCUGCUGGCCCUGGGGGGGAGGGAAACCGAGUUCCGGCGCAAGAGCUCCCCCGCGGCCGAAGCAUCCCCGGCCCGCUGGACGCCGCUGCAGCACUAUUCUGCGGCGCUCCGGCUGAUGGCCGACGCCAUUGGCAGUGGAGACAACGGUGGGCCGCUCGACACCGACGUCAUCUGCGCCGCCCUGUACCUGAUGGUCUUGUACGAGGAGAAAUACGGCGACGCCAAGUGCUCGGGCCUGUCCAACCACCUGGCCGGCGCAGCCAUGAUAUUGAAGCACCGGCUCCAGGAUUUGCCUCGCCUAAUUACGCCAGCAUCUGCUGGUAGGAAGACGAAGAUGGUAGCCCUGGCUCGAAAGUGCCCGUCCGGAACCGGUGGGGGUGGCCGGAUGCUCUCGCUUGUCACGGCUCGUCUCCUAGUGUGGAUCGCACAGAAAGACUCGGCCGCGUCUACGUUUGGCGUCGGAGGGCAGCUCAAUGCUACAUUCCACCAUCUCAUGGCCGGCAUGUCCCCUAUGGAGGCCCUCGAGAGCGUCCACCGCUUUUCCAACCCGUUAUAUCGUACAAUGUGGGCCGAUGCCUACCCCCAGUCCGAGCUCGUCGACGAUGUUGAGAACCGUACUGUGUUCGAGAUGCUCGGCGAAUGCUGCCAGUUGCGCUUCAUGAAUGCCCAGCUCGGGUCGCUCAACCUCGACGAGGCCCGGCAACGCGCCCCGGCAGUGGAAGCUGCUCUGCGGCAGGUAGGCCAACGCUAUUUCGAUCUCCUUGAGGUGGCGACAGAGUUGUCCACCGACACGGAUAACUCGCACAGACUAGUUGCCAACAUUCGUGCCAUUGUGCCCCAUUACCACGCAGCCGUGGUCGAAUACCUCAGCAUGGGGUUGGGCGGCACUAACGCUAACGUCGGGGAGAAGGAGAAGGAGAUGGACAUGGAGAUGGACAUGGAGAUCGGGGAUUUGACCCGCUCGACCCCUCACAUCCGCGCUAUUAUCAAUCUGGCCUUCCAGGCGUUCAAGCACCAAGGUGACGAGGCCAUGGUCCGCAUCGCCUGGCCGCUGUUGAUAGUGGGCCUCGAAACCGAUGACAUGCUGCACCGGGAUUGGAUCGUUGCCCGCUUCCGGGGCAUGUGCCACCUUGGCCAGAACCUGGCCCGCGCGCAUAAGUUCCUGGUCGAGACCUUGCAGAUGCAGGCCCAAUUGGGGCACAGGGUCAGCGUGCGAGAACGGUUCCAAUCUGGGGAGGUAGAGCUCUUUGUGAUUUAGUCUACUGAGGUACGCUUACAGUCCCCCGGUCUCGCCUCUGCGUAGGUUUAAAAACGGAUAUCCCACUUCCCCCAGUUCCUCCCAAUUGUCCGGCCAUUGGCUGGGCACUACCUAGCUGGUGGCGCGUCGGCUACUGUUAGGUGGACCCGGCAGUAUCAGUCGGCUAAUGAUUGACAUUUGCAGCUACUGCGUACGCUAGUGCACACUACUCAGUACACUAGCAGUGACUAGUUUGUCGGCUUCUCAUGCUUGAUUCAUGUGG